AUGACUGUCGACACGGAAAAGGCCGCUCCAGAGAUGGAGGUCCCCGUCAUCGAUGGGAGAAAGAACUCUCUUCGAGCCGGCAGCAUCGAUGAUAUCACUGUGCUGGACCGACUGGGCUACAAGCCAGAACUGAACCGCAAUCGAUCCAUGGCUACGCUGUUGUUUCAGUCUUUGGCCAUUGCCGCCAUCCCAUACGGAGAAGGUGGUCCGUUCAUUUCAGCAAUCUACGGCGGUGGCCCGCUGGCAAUCUUCGUCGGCUGGAUCGUCGUUCUCGUGCUGGAUGAAUGCAUUGCUCUCUCUUUGGGCGAGCUGGCGUCGCGGUAUCCCACUUCGGCUGGACCGUACUAUUGGUCUUUUCAACUGGCCAGUAGGGGCAAGACGACUCUGUCGUUCAUCACGGGGUGGACGUGGCUGAUCGGCAACUGGACAAUCACCCUCUCGGUCAAUUUUGGAUUCGCGUCGCUCAUUGUGGCGAGCGUGGCCAUGUAUCAUCCCGACUGGGUGGCAAAGGACUGGCAAUUGCUCUUGAUUUUCUACGCCAUCUGCUUGAUGACGCUGUUCAUCUGCACCUUUGCGAAUCGCUUCCUGCCCGUUGUCGACACCAUCUGCGCUGCCUGGACAGCUGUGAGCAUCCUGAUCAUCCUCAUCGCACUCUCGGUCAAGGCGGAUGUCGGGAGACACAGCGCAAGCUACGCGCUCGGCCAUUACGACAAGUCCUUCUCUGGCUGGGGAGGUUUCACUUUUUUCAUCGGGCUGCUGCCUGCAGCAUACACAUUCUCAGCUAUCGGGAUGAUCUCAGCCAUGGCGGAAGAGUGCGCAAAUCCUACUGUCAAGGUUCCGACAGCCAUCAGUCUCUGUGUGCCCGUGGGGGGCUUCGCUGGCUUGUUCUUCAUUUUGCCCAUCUGCUUCACCCUGCCUCCGUUGGAAGAUAUCAUUGCGGCGCCAUACGGCCAGGCGCUCCCGUACAUCUUCAGCACGGUCAUGGGGACACCGGGAGGGGGACUAGGCCUCAUUUUCCUCGUCCUGAUGAUCACAUUGUUCUGCAGCAUCAGCAUCACCACGGCGGCAUCGCGAUGCACGUGGGCGUUUGCUCGGGACGAUGCCAUCCCACUGUCUCGAGUCUGGUCCAAAGUCAACGGUGGACUCGGCGUGCCCGUGUACGCAUUGAUGCUCACCACCGUGGUGCAGAUGCUGCUCGGUCUGAUCUAUCUUGGGUCAUCAUCGGCCUUUUUGGCCUUUGUGUCGGUCGGCGUGAUUGGGCUGGCCGUGUCGUACGCAAUCCCCAUCACCAUCAGCGUGCUGCACCGGCGGCGCGAAGUGUCGACGGCGCGGUGGAACUGUGGGCGCAUCAUCGGGCCGAUCGCGAACGGCGUGGCCUUGUGCUGGAUCAGCUUUGAGGUCGUCUUGUUCAGCAUGCCCUCGGCGCUGCCCGUCACGGUCGUGACCAUGAACUAUGCCAGCGUCGUCUUUGUCGGCUUCAUGUUCAUCUCUGCCGUCUGGUACUUUAUCUAUGCCCGCAAGGCGUACAAGGGACCGCCAGAGUCUGAUGGCAUCACUGUGGAAUAA